AUGACUUUCUCUGCCGCGUCUGCUCUGUUUUGUAUCUUUUUCUCUCUCUUAUCUUUCAGAAUCAUGUCCCGACCUUAUCACAUGUCCACCUUCUGCAAUGAAAGCGAGUUCACUAGAACCAGCCCUUAUGGAUCAAACCGCGCCGCGAUCCUCUCCGCUCUACGUGACCGAUCCUCCCUUGGAAGCUAUUCCAACGCCACGGCUGGUCUUAGCCCAAACACAGUCUAUGGGAUGUUCCUUUGCAGAGGAGACAUCAACAAAACUUCUUGUUCUGACUGUGUACAUAGAGCAACGCUAGAAAUCGCUAAAAACUGCACUUAUAACAAAGAAUCUUUCAUAUUCUAUGACGAGUGUAUGGUUCGGUACUCGGAUCUUGCUUUCUUUACGCUCCUUGUGGAUACACCUAGUGCCUCUGUACACUCUCUGAUCCCUUCUGUGGACUCUACACAAUUGCUCAACCGAAUAAUGCAUGGAAAAAUGAAAGAUCUUAUCCUCAGAACAUCCUUGUCUUCGUCGAUUCCAUAUUUUGUGGAGGAUCAAGAACGUGUGACUUCAUAUGAUUUAGAGGCAAUGGUCCAGUGUAGUCCUGAUCUUGAUCCAAGAAACUGCACCUCCUGCUUGAGACGUGCGGUCCAAGAACUCUUCGGGUGUUGCAGCAAUAGCCAGGUUCUUUGAGCUCAGAUCUUCUAUCCUAAAUGUCUCGUACGUUAUAACAUCUCCGGUUUCCAACCAAACGUAGUGAGUCUUUGCUUUACAAAAGAUGAGUAUAUAUCUUCUUCUCUUUUUUAA